CGACGGUACUCGACAGACGUCGGACGCCGGCAAGCGCUGUAGCUUCCUCGUCAGGAUGGCUCGCAGGGUAGCCGACUCUGACGGGGACGAUGAUGCUCCAGACCCGGACGAGCCAGUGCCGAGCGCUCGGGUCCGGCCUGCUCGCGGCAACGCACAUCGAGGCUACAUGGACACCUCCUCUGACAGCGAUACGCCGCAGAUGACGAAGAAAGCAAAGGGCAAGCUGACCAACGGCAAUGGGGUACCUAAACAAGCGCCUACGCAAGCUGAGGAGAGCGACACCGACGAACAACCGGCUGCCAAAGCAAGCAGAAAGCGCAAAGCAACUACGAGUAAAGUGACUCGCUCUUCGCCUGAUGCAAAGCGAAAGAAGGCCGCUAGCAGCCCCGCACCACAAACUAGGGAUGAGGAGGAGGAAGUAGAGGAAGAGCCAGAUGAGGCCUUCUUCCUAGCGGAUGCUCAAGAGAGCCACUAUCUCAAUGAGCGCGGCGACGAUGGAUACGUCGUCGGAUCGAUCAUGCGAAUCAAGUGUGUCAAUUUCAUGACCUAUGAACAUGUCGAAUUCAGUCCAGGACCUCAUCUCAAUAUGAUCAUCGGACCGAACGGCACGGGCAAGUCGAGCAUAGCCAAUGCCAUUGCUCUCGGGUUAGGAUGGCCACCCAAGAUCCUCGGGCGAGCAGACGAAGUGCGAUUGUUCGUCAAGCAAGGCUACGACGAAGGUCACAUAGAGAUCGAGCUCAAGGGACGGAAAAGUCGCAAUGUCAUCAUCCGACGCGAGAUCAAUCGCAUACGCAACAACAGCGAUUGGUAUCUCGAUGGCAAGAAGGCAAAGCAUACCGACGUCGUCGCAAAAGUAGCGGGACUGAAUGUUCAAGUCGAUAAUCUCUGUUCCUAUCUUCCCCAAGAUAAAGUCGUAUCGUUUGCGCAGAUGAAGCCUGCCGAACUACUCAAGGAGACCCAGAACGCUGCCGGAUCGCUCAAGCUAACAAGCUGGCACGAGUAUUUGAUCAAAAUGAAGAAGCUGCUCAUCAACAGAGAAAAGAAAUUGGAUGCAGAGAAAGAAGAUCUACGCAAUAACGAAGCCCGUAACGCCGCACUUGAACGCGAAGUCGCCCGGUACAGAGAGCGGAGAGAGCUACUGGAGGAAAUCACGAUUCUCGAUACCCUCAUUCCUUAUGCGGAAUACAAAGUCAAGAAAUUGGCGUAUGAUGAGGUCAAAGGUGAGAAGAACGAGCGCGUGCAGCAGCUGCGCGAACUAGAGGUCAAGCGAGCUCCUUAUGCGCAUCAGAAGACUCUGCUGGAGCAGAGGUACAAAGCGGCGUCAAGAUCAGCGAGGGAUGCCGACGGUCUCCACCUGUCUGCGGAAGCGAAACUGAAUCGUAUCAAUAAAGAGCUGGAUGCUUCCGACAAAAAGCUCGAAGUUGAACGCAACAAUCUGCAAAGCCUCAGGGCCGAUAUCAAGGCACGCGAGCAGAGGAUAGCGCAGUGCCGGAGGCAGAUUGACAACAUCAAGCGACAAUUGCAAGAUGAGCCGCCAGAGGUCGACCUGACCGAGUCAAAGCGACGACGCCGCGAGUGCAAAUCCGAGAUGCUCCGGCUAACGCAGAAGAUUCGGGCUGAGCAAGCAGAAGCUGAAGCUUUGCUGGCCACGACUGCCGAACUCGAAGCAGAGAUCAAGCUGCAGAAAGCGCAAAUCACAAAACUCGAAUCUGCUGGCAACCGGCGCUUAGGAGCGCUCAAGUCUUCGAUGGCCCGGCAGAAUCAUCUCUUUCAGGGCAUCUUGGCGACCCAGGCGUACCUCAAGGAGCAUCCUGACAAGCUCAAGGGCAAAGUCUGGGGUCCUGUCGCGAUCGAAAUCGGGCUUACAGAUGAGAAAGCGGCCGCAGCCAUGGAGACCCUGAUCCAGGUAGAUGUUUUCAGAACAUUUGUCUGCGAGCUCCGAGAAGACUACGAGCUCCUUCAGGCGCAGAUCGCCAAUGGAUUGUGGAAAGACACAAAGUAUAAGAUCUAUCUCGCAAACAUCAGCGACGAGCAAUUUCAUGCUCCCUUCUCGCUCGCAGAGCUGCAGCGCUUAGGAUUCGAUUGCUGGGCGAUUGACUGCAUCUCUGGCCCGCCCGAGGUUUUACGCUUCGUUUGCGCGCGCUCAAAUCUGCAUCGGAUACCUAUUGCUUUCAAACCAUCAACGAGCAUUGAUGUCAAGGCUUUCGAGUCGCGCGCUUCGCAAGUGCGCAAAUAUGUCAUCGGACCAUCAGUCACGACCAUCAAACCAUCAAUGUACGGCCAAGGCUUUGCACAGACGAACACGAGGGGCCUGCGAAACGCAACAGUUCUAUCGUCAGCGAUUGAUGCGACGGCUGUAAAGGAAUGCGAGCGACGGAUUGCGACGGCGGAACAACAGAGGGACGCUCAGCAAGAAGCAUUCGAAGCUUUCUCUGUUCGCAAUGCCGAGACUCGCGAGGAGCACGCAGAGCUACAAAGUACCGACGCACGACUGGCGGAUGAGGAGCAGAAGUCCGGUGCAGCGAGGCACGAGUGGCUCAAACUUAAAGUCAAAUACGAAGAGCGCUGCGCGACGCUCGAAAGCGAAUUGAACAAGCCGUCCGGCGAAGAGAAGCGCGAAAAGCACACACUCGCUCUGCGUAAGACCGCGCGCUCGCAUCUGUCCAUUGCGAGCAAAGCUAUGGCGACGUUCCAUGAGCUCUGCGAGACACGUGCCCUCAUAACUCUAAGAGGACUCGCCUUACAGAGUGCGGAAGCCGACAAGUCUGCACUUGACACAGUCCUAGCCGAGAGCCAACAGGCGAUCCUAGAAGCACAAGAAGCCAUCGAAGAGGGUACGCGUGAUCAAUAUAGCGGCUCCGAAAUCUGAUACUUGGCCUGCAGUCAAAGCCCGAUUGAACAAAUGCAAAAUGGAAGCGUCAGCGG